UUUGUAAGUCAAGCGUCAACUUUAAUUUUAAGUGUUUGUCUGUGCAAUGGCGUAUUUUUAAUUGAAUUAAUUUUAAGAUAAAAAUCAACAAAUAAAUGAAUAAAAAUCAAGGAAUAAAUAACUUUCGAUAACUAAUAUACGAUAACUUCAUGUAAAUCAAAAUAUGCUAAAAAAAAUCAAACGACUACAUUUUGUCAUUUAAGAAGUAUUUUGAUGUGUUAAAACAUGUACAUAGCGUGUAUGAGUAUGUAUACAUUAUAUAACACGGCUGCGCGCGCAGCUCGCUUAGGUCAUUUGAGGUAACUAUAACAUGGCAGCUAGGGCAGAAAUGUAAAUUUCUUUAGGGACCUAAAAGGUCCUACUGAUAUCCUUCAAGAAAACUACCUCGUUUAGAACUCAGGGAAUUAUACAUGUGAAUUUUAAGAUCAACUUUUCGAAUGUUUCGUUUUGGGAAUUAACGAGAAAUCUACAAAACGUGCUCAAUUUGGUUGUUGGACACUUCAAGAAGUGUUAGUGCUAACUCUAGACUUAUAACUGCUAUGCUUGCAGAGCGGCCACACCAAGUAAAUAGUAGGCCACCAUCUUCUGUCUAUACGUCAUACCAAACAAGUUCAUUCUCAGGGAAUAUUUCACAAGCAUUCAAUAUGGACAUUCAGAACGUUUCAAAUCAAUACAAAACUGCAUUGUACAUGUCAAACUCGCCUAACUCUGAGAUGGAUACUACAUCUCAGAAAGGAGCAAGCUUACCAACAUGUGUAGUGAAUCCGUCCUCAUCUGACAAGGGUUACAGAAGUUACGACGAAGAUUCAUAUCCUCCAGGAUAUAUUCCUAGCCGAAAGCAGAGGGAAUUUAUUCCUGAGAACAAAAAAGACGAUGGUUAUUGGGAAAAGAGGCGUAAGAACAAUGAAGCUGCACGGAGGUCUAGAGAAAAACGAAGGGUUCAUGACAUGGCUCUUGAAAACCGAAUUAUGGAUUUAACAAGAGAAAACUGUAGGGUUAGAAAUGAACUUAAUUUGGUUAAAAAGAAGUUUGGUUUGUCUCUUGAUGAACCUUUCACAGGAGAAGAGACAGAACAGAAAGCACGAGAAAGAAAACAGCCAGGGCAUUUGCACUCUGUUUCAGAAACAAUACGGCCUACUAUUUCUUCUCCUCGACUCGCCUCCUCUGAACACCAAGCAAGGUAUUCAUCGUUGCCACAAUCGCCUGUUCGUAACAGGAACGUUUCAGGGACCAACUCAUCUCCUUACUUACAUGCAUUUCCACCCUUCGUUUCGCCUUCUCGUCAGCCUUCAAAUCAAGUCAUAACAGAGUCAUAUUACAUGAAUCACGUCAACACAGACACAGACAAAUCGUUCUCAGGAACCGUUGAUGCUCAAUUACCAUAUAAUCUGAAAUCCAUGAAAGAUGAUUCUAUUCCAUCUUACGUUCGUGUGGAUGAUCAAGUACGUCCUUCAUAUUCUUCCGCUCUACCACCCAAUCAGAUUUCUCCAUACAAUAGUUCUUUACCAGUCCCAUAUCAGAAAUCCUAUUGGCUGCCUACUACCGAUCUUACUUCAUCCGAUUCUAAUGAUGAGUGUGAAUGGAAUGACCAAGAUGUACAGGAACAGCCCCUGUCAUUAGUAAAAAAGCGACCAAGCACAGAGAACGAGUCUAGUGGGGAAUUAUCCAAUACAUCUUCACGUGCCUCCAACAGUCCCAAUUCUGCAUCUUCAUCACUACCUCUCAAACUUAGACACAAAAUAUCCACUGAUCAUCCAUUGUUAACUUUACCUCCAGAAGAUAAGUCCAUUUUAUAUCAAAACGGACUGGCCCAGCUAUCUGAAGUGGCACUGUUACAUUCAAAUAUGUCUGGACAAUCUAUUGAUAACUACAAGAUUAAUGAUAUGAAUGAUUCGACCGAUAUGCGACCACGCAGUUUUACAAAUCCAAGGUCCAUAUAUGAUAACAGGUAUGUAGAAAGGAGGCGUAAGAAUAAUGAAGCGGCCAGAAAAUGUCGCGAAAAUAGAAAACAGUUGACCAAAAUACGCGAAGUCAAGUCCGGAUACCUGGAGUCAGAGAAUGGAAAAUUGAAGAGCGAGUUAAAGGGCUUACAGAUGGAAAUGAAAGAAUUAAGAGAUCUUUUAGAAAAGAAGCGAGGCGACAAAUGCGAGUCAGGUGAACUAAAUAAAGAUUUUGAUGAAGAAGUAGGUGAAAAUAAACAGACAGAAAAUGACACUGACAUACAAGUUAAAGAAGAAAAUGGAGAAAUGGAAUAGAAUCUUUUUUUUCUUUUUUGUUUUAAAGAAAAAUACAAAAAUACGGGUAGUACAAACUCAGGAGUUUUAAAAGGUGAUAUACUAUGAAUAGAACAAUUUUAUUGACGUUACAAUAUGAUUUUACAUACGUAGACAUGCGUUCUAACUUUUUGUUUCAGAUUGUAUUUUAAUACAAGUAUUAGACGUAAAAAUAACAAUUCAGGGAAUCCCUUGAUAAUGAUUUGUAAAACAUAGCUUGACAUUUAAUCGUUCAUGACUUGGUUUGCAGGGAGACACAAUAGAUAUCUUAUGUAACAAUAGCAUAUACAAUUGUCAUAAAUAGAGUGGAAAGUGAAAAAACCGGAAAUGUCCUCAUUGUUCAGUGGAAUUGAUCACUUACACACAAGACUGAUAUUAUCUGCGGAAAAAAGACGUGUCGACUGAUAAUUAAUUAUACAUUCAAAACACAUGAAAAUCAAUUACCUCAUUCAUAUUGUUUAAACAUUCCUUCAAAUUAUUAUAUAUACAUGUAUAUUUAUUGUUCCUACCUCUAGCUGUUGAUAUUUUACAAAGAAAAUCAUAUUUUACUUUCACUGUCAAAUUUCAUUUUUUUUAUUUGGAAGAAAACGAGAGAUUUAUGUAUGAGUAAAAUGCAUAUCUAGUAUAAUGUCUAUUAUAUGAUACCGCAUGUUUGUAACUACGAAUUUUAUAAGAAGAUCAUGAUGUUUAUAAAAGUUGUAUAAACGGCUGCUGUAAAAUUUUGUAUUAUGAAUAUAUAUGCAAAGACAUGGUCGGUUAUAUUUGCUAUUACCCUCACUUACUGACUCGGAUUAUAUAACCUUAUAACCAUUUGUUCUUUGCAGUAUAACGUGAAAACAUUUUGAUAACUAGUAACAUAAAACGAAUGUAUUUUAAUGUAUGAAUAUUAAAUUGUAAGACCUAAAACAAUUUUGAAUUGAAGAGUUAUUAGAAUAAUAGAUAAAAGCAAGAAACUCUUUCUUGUGUUUACAAUUAAUAUGUAUAUACACAAAUUUUAUUAUAUAUAUCACAAACAUUGCAUUGUACAUUAAAUUGAAGUAUAUACUUUCAAAUACUUAAACAGAUUGUAGAAAGACUUGUGUGGUAAAGUGUUGAAGUUUGUAUAUAUUAGUAAAGUUUAAAGGUAUUCAGGGAUUGUUAAUUUCUAAUAAUUUUGCAUUUAAAUGUACUGAUAUUUUCUUGUAAUUAGAUGUAUAUUGCUUGUUUAUUGGUUGUCAUCGCUGUCAUUUCUAAGAUGAAAAGUAAUGUAUAAUCGAUAAUUCCUUAGAUCAUUCAAUCAUUCAUUGUUAAGGACCAAAAGAUAUUUCAGUGCAUUUUAGACAUUAUCUGAUGUAAAGUGCCAUAAACAUUAAUUGCCAUAUGUGUAAGAAUUACGAGUAUAGCAUUGUUCCAAAUUAGUAUGUAAAUAUCAAAUAUAACACAAUAGCCACUUGGCCAUUAUGUUAUAUCCUUUUUAACAAAAGAAUAUUCGAUCAACGAAAAAUUAAAACUGGGGUAAAUCUCGCAAAGUUUCCAAUGUAGAUUUUUUUCUCUUUUGUGUGUGUGUGUGCGUGUGUGCGUGCGUGCAUGCGUGUGUGCGUGCGCUAGUGUGUUUUGUUUGUUUUUGUUGUUUUUUUCCACAAAAUAAGUAUACGUGCAUGAUUUUGUACUAUCAGUAAAUAUAAGCAAGUGCUAAAGUUUUGUUAAGAAGCCGAAAUGACAUUAAUGUUUACUAUAAUGUAACCAGAAAUCCAAGCUCUUUGUUAAGAAAUUAUCGGGUUAUAUAUGUUAUUUGUAGAAAGUUCUUUUGGUGUAUGUAUUUGUCAAAAACUUAUGUUUGUUUUUGCUAUUUUGUUUAAACUUUUAACAUAUUCAUUCAUAAUUAAUUUAAGAUAAAUAAAUAAAUAUUCAUAUUAGACAUCGUUAGGUGGUUUGUUUCAUGUAUUAAUUCGUUUUAAAAGUUUUAUUUUAUGUUAUUGUGUCUAUACAGUAUAUGUGUGUUUGUUUUACAUUAGAUUUAGUGCUAUAAUUACCUCAUUGUUAUUAUGCAGCACGUGAGUGCAUCACUUAUUUAGAAUACAGAGUUUAAUAAUAAGAUAUUGCAUGGUUUAUUCUCCUUGUAACACUGUUGUUAAAAUUAUAAUAUAAUGAUUAAUUUCAAGCAACUGAAAGCUUUCAAUAUUUUAAUGUGGUAAUAUUUUAUGAAAUGUGUGAAAAAGGUUACAUCUACUUCCAUUAUAAUAUGCUCGAAAAACGAAAAAAGAAAAUAAUGAAAAGUAUUUUGAUAAAAGUAUUUUAACCGGGCAUCAUUUGGUUUGGGUGUCAUCUUUCAUUUUUGCCUAUCAAGUCAAAACACAGUUAACACAUCGUAAACUAAAGCAUUUGUCAGGUGAUUAUGAAUACUUAACCAAGGUUUUGCCUAACUUAGUGAUAAUUGAUAAUUUUGUAUUUUAUUCAAUAAUUUGUAUUUUUAUUGGUUUGAAUUCAAACUGGGACAGUGAUUUUAACCAAUAUUUAUACUCGAUAAUGUUUCAGCCUGUACACAAUGCUGUUAAAUAAACUACAUAAGAGCAUAACUUGACUUGAACCAUGCGAUUUUACUUUUCACUUACUGUCUGGUUUUAGUAUUCAUUCAUUGAAUGACUAAUAAAAUCAGGCAUUAUGUAAUGUGACAAGUAUACCAUCGAUGAUGUGUAAAAGAUCGUUUAGCUACAUGUGCCAUUGUUUUUAUUUAAAUUUCGUGAAUAACUAAGUGCCAUAAUAUGGUUAUAUUUUGAACAAGAGGUGUGUAUUAAACCCUGACGUAUAAAGGGAAACAAUUCAUAUGUAUUGUAUUUUAGAGGAAUAGAGAAUUUUAUUAUGUCGACAGGUAGUUAUACAAAUAAAGUAAAACAGAUUAAGAAUA